UCAGCGUGCGACGCCGCUGGUGACGUACGUAUUACUGGGCAGUUGUUGAUUCUGUUGUGUCCAUUAUAAGCUUCAAGAAUGGAUAAAAAACUGGAGACGGAUAACCUGGAAAUGCGUCUUCAGGCGCUGGAGAACCAGAUCCACGGCGAGAGAAGAAACAGGAGUGGAAAACCUCUAAAGUGUGCCGAGUCUUUGGCCAGGAUUCAGGCAGGUCUGACAAGUACAGCCAACAAGAGAGAACGAGUAAAGAUCCUGCACAAGAAGAUUGAAGACCUGCUGAAGUACCUGGACCCCCAAUUCACCGACCACAUCACUGUACCAGACGCCAUGAAGCUGGAGUUCAUUCUCGCUGAGGAGGACUUCCUGCUUUCCCAGGCUGCUUUGCUGGAGCAGGUUAGCAACAUGCAGCCGUUGCUGGACAGCAACUACAUCAGAGACGUACCAGAACACGCCACCAAACUGCAGCGCCUGUCACAGAUUCACAUCAAAGAGCAGGACCAAACUGAGGCUCAGUCCCUGGAAGUCAAGAAGCUUUUUGAGGAAUACAACAAAAUGAUGUUCCUGCUGUCCAAGCAGUUCACCCAGUGGGACGAGACCCUGAGGAAGCUGGAGGAGGCCAAGGGCAUUCGGCCUGUGGAGUAGCUCCUGUCAACACACUGAUGAUGAAGGAACGGCACCGUGGUGGGAGCUUAAGUUCAGAUCAGUUGACCCAAAUAUAGGUUGUUCUUCCCCAAUGAGUCACAACAGAAGUGGGACAGAAGGAGUGCAACAUUUCACGGUUUUGAUUUUAUUUUACAUUGAAACCCUAAAUACCUUUUUCCAUGAUUUUGUUACUUUCAGAAAACCCUAAUACCAGUUAUACAGUAAAUCUGGAAUGAAAUGACUGGAGGAAAAUGUCAAUUGUAUGUGAACUGUGUCUCAUGUGACUCUUCGUCAGUCGUCCGGAGGAACUCGCUCUCAUCACGUGACGUGUGGCUCAGACAGCUUCAACAUGCUGCUGUUGUUAUUUAUUUUCAGACAAUAGAGCUUUUAUCAUUACAUAUUUACUCACCUUGUAACACAUUCCAACAUCUCUGCCGCCAGCCAGUCACAAGACUUUGGUUUCUUGCCCCUUUUGCUCAAAACACAAACACAUCUUCUUCAAGGCUUUAGAUUUUCUCUCUAGAUGCCUUCUGACAUUAUUUGUAAAAACUCUUACUUGUGUCUUGUAGGACUGCGCUUCAAACAAUAAAUAUUGCAUUUUUCUUUGACUAUU